CCCAGGGAGCUGAAGUUACACAGACUGGCCCUUUAAACACUGAUCUCCUCUGCAGACACAAAACUACUUUCUUAAAAGGGUCAGCUGACUUUGACAGGAGACAUUUAAGAGAAACUUUCAUCUAUAUCUUCCUGUCUUUUACUCUCUUUGUAGCAAAUAGACGACACUUUGUGGAGACUUUCUUUUUCAGUCAUCAGAGGAACCUUUCAGGGGACUUCUUCCUCUUUGCACUCUUGUCACUCUUAGGGAAUCUUCUACAGAGCCCGAUGGAUCUGUCCGACCUUCCCUUCCCUCUCUCUUCUGCUGAUGACCUCUACGAUGACCCCUGCUUCAGCACCAGCGACAUGAACUUUUUUGACGACCUGGACGCCCGGCUGAUGCACGCCGGCCUGCUGAAGUCAGAGGACCAUCUUCAUCACCAUCACCACCACCACGUCCCCAUCGCAGAGGAGGAGGACGAGCAUGUGAGGGCUCCCGGGGGCCUCCACCAGGCAGGGCACUGCCUUCUUUGGGCUUGCAAGGCCUGCAAGAGGAAAACGACCCAUGAAGAUCGGAGGAAAGCCGCAACGAUGAGGGAAAGGCGAAGGCUUAGUAAAGUCAACGACGCCUUUGAGACCCUGAAACGCUGCACGGCGUCCAAUCCAAACCAGCGGCUGCCCAAAGUGGACAUCCUCCGCAACGCAAUCAGCUACAUCGAGUCCCUGCAGGCGCUGCUGAGGACUGGCCGGGACGACGGCUUCUACUCGUCAAUGGAACACUACAGCGGGGAUUCGGACGCCUCCAGCAGCCCCCGCUCCAACUGCUCCGAUGGCAUGAUGGACUUCAUCUCUCCAUGUUCGACCAGAAGUGAAAACAGUGACGGCUCCUACUGCAGCCAGACAGCAGACGAUUCCAGCAACAACAAGCGGUCGCUCAUUUCCAGUUUGGACUGUUUGUCCAGCAUCGUAGAGCGGAUCAGCACAGAUCCAGCUGUGGCCCCACUGGGCGACAGCGUGGUCCCCCGGGGCCCCGGAUCGCCUCAGACCAGCCCUGCAAGCUCCAGUCCCUCUGCUGAAGCCAACACCCUCAACGAGCCGCUCUGAACCCGACGGAGCCGAGGACUCGAACUUUAAAAGACUUUAUUUUCCUGAAGUUUGAGUCCAGUUUCUCCAGACUGCUGUUGUGUUCCAUUAAUGUCAGCAGAAUGAAAGCAGAGGACAUUUUCCUCACGGAUUCUGCUGCAGAUACAAUAACUGAGGACCAUUUUGUACAUCUGUAAAUAAGAGCUGUUUGUUCACACUACACACACACACACACACACACACACGCAAACACAGACACAAGGGAUGCUGGGAUUGUUGUGUCAUAUGUCUAUAUAUAUUAUUUAUGAGUGAAUGGCAUUUUAAUAAAGAAAUAUUUAUAUUCUGA